AUGUCGAAAGGACAAUUGGAAGUUACAAUCAUGGAAGGUCGCCGUUUAAAAGAUCAUGAUAUCGUUGGACAAAAUGAUCCUUAUAUUGAACUUUAUCUGGAUAAAAAAUAUAAGCAACGUACGACCACAAAAAAUAAUACAAAUGAUCCAACUUGGAAUGAAAAAUUUGUCUUUAAUAUCCACAAAGGAGAUGACACUAUUCAUUUCGAUGUUUAUGAUAAAGAUUUGGUUGGCAAAGAUUCAAUUGGCAAUGGAAAAGUGAAACUGAAACAUGUUUUUGAAACAGGACGUUAUGAUGAUUGGCAAGUAGAGAAUUUAUUUCUAAUUACUUUAUGUUAA